AAGAUUUAAUUAUUGUUGUGCAGAAAAAAAUAUGCCUACACUGUUACACACCUCGGGUCUUUAGCGACCCCAUACAAUUUUUUUUUUUACAAAAAAAUGAAUUCAAAAAUAGGCAGUCUUUUAUAAUGUUAUGAUUUUUUUUUUUCUUGUUAUAUUCUUUAUAAUGAACUGAUUGAGGAAUACCAAGAAGGUUGAAGUCUAACUUUAAAAAAUGAGGAGGAGGGUAGUGAAUGACGUCCCUGGGUCACUAAAGACCCGAGGUAUGCAUUUAAGGGUUAAUCGUGCGGAAAUCCCAGUAUGUUGGCGUGACAUCUUCACUUGUUUUGCCGACGUGCAAUUUUAUUACAGAUUGUGAUAUCAGAGCUAUUCAACACUUAAAAAAUAUUUAAUAAUAUAUGAAAUAAUAGCCUAAAUCAUGCAUUUUGUAGUUGAAUUAUGCUGGUUCGCUGGAGACCUCAGGUGAGUGACUCUGGGAAAACAACUUAGCCUAAUAGUGCAUAAGAAACAGAAAGAUCCAAACAUUCAUCAAAUCAAACAUGACUGGCAUUGAUGGGGAGAGUAUGUAUCUGUAUCGUUAUUUCUAGUUCCUCAUCCGGCUGCCUUGUUGUUUUAGACAAUGGUCAUGCAUGAUUAAAUGUUUUGAUCUGCCCUGUGACAGUCAGUAUUUUGAGUGUGUUUUCACACACCCUGUGCAAACCUGGCUGUGUUUUUCAUGCUUUUUAUUUGCUUGAUCCAUUUCAAGUUUAUCCCUUUGCUCAAAGAUACUUUCCAUCAGAAGUGAGUUUGUACAAAUUGUUAUUUUUCUUUCACUUUUAUCAGCUGUCAACUGAAUCAUGUGCUGCUGUUUGUGGAGCUCUGAUCUCUGUUUCACUGCAUUAAGGUCUUUAAAUUCCAGUUUAUUCAUGAAGACUCUGGCGUUGCUCUAAUAGCCUCGAUGAUCUCUAAUGUUUGAGCAGCAGCAACACUGGGAUAAUUGGGUUAAUAGAUUAGAAUGUUAGAUAUUUGCUGUAAAUUCUGCUUUAAUAUUUGUGAUUUGUGAAUCUCUCUAUUUGCUGUUGUGUCUGAUCUGAUCCAGCAGGUGGCGUUGUGACUUCUGUGAAAACUGCAUCAGAAGCACACACAGAAGUAUUCUCUGUGUGUGUGUGUGUGUGUGUGUGUGUGUGUGUCGCGCAUGCUCACAGCAGCCUUCUCGAGCUGUUUGCUCCACCACAACCUGAAAGGAACUGUUUUACCUUUUCAGACUUAAAGCUCGUGCAGCAGUGUGUUAGAUAAUUUGGUUUUCAGACAUGUCCUGAUGAAGUGUUUCUUUUGGAGUAUUUUAUGAGAAUAAAAUCUCAUCUGUUGGAUUUACAGCGCAAGUUUUUGGAUCUGUAUACAUACAGUGUUUAUUUGCUUCUGUGAACGCGAUUAUUGUUCGGUUUGAUCUAAUAAAAAAACUACAGGUUAUACCGGAGCAACAGAUUGACGGACCGCGACACUGAAAACAGAAAUGCGAAUCCUGGGGUUGAGUUUUGGUGGAGCAGCCUAUACAUUUAUAAAAGAGAAAGUUUUUGCAGCUGUGUGAAAAGAACGGAACUGGAAUGUAAACCUGAAACCGAUGAACAGCGACAUGAUUGAUCGAUUCCCUUUUUUGACCGGUGUCUCUAUUCCGGUAUGAAGAGCGCGUCCUCGCGUCAAUGAUGCUUUAACCGGACUGACUGAAGUAUAUCCAGUCAUGUGUUCACUGAAAGCUCUUCAGGACUGGUGUCGAGAUGUUUGUGAAGGUUACCCUGAUGUUCAGUUCACAGAUAUGAGCUCCUCAUUCACAGAUGGACUGGCUUUCUGUGCGAUCAUCCACAAACACAGACCCGAGCUACUUGAUUUUCACUCUCUGUCCAAACACAACGUCUACAAGAACAUGCGUCUGGCGUUUGAUGUUGCGGAGCGUGAGCUUGGAAUUCCUGCUCUGCUUGAUCCGGAUGAGCUGUUGUGUGAGGAAGAGCCGGAUCUUCUGUCCAUCAUCACUUAUGUCUCACAGCUCUACUGUGUCUUCAAUGGAAAAUCUCAUGACAGUCUGAAGAAUUGUGUGGAGGCUGAACCCAACAGUACCAGAACACAAGAACAGACACACACUCAGUUCUCAUCAGAUAUGAUCAGAUCUUCAGAUAAAAGAGUCUGUUGUGUUUGUCACAAACGUGUUCAUCUCAUUGAGAGGGUUUUGGUGAAGGGACGCCUGUAUCACCGCGCCUGCUUCAGAUGCAGUCGCUGCCAUCGCGCUCUGCUGCCGAUCUCUUUCACAGUUGACAAUGAGACUGGUUUACUGCAGUGCAGUUAUCACUGCAAAGCUGCUCCUGAACACGACCAGCCUGCAGAUAAUGCUGAGACAGAUGGAGACAGAAGUGAGACAGAUGGAGACAGAAGGGAGACAGACAGAGACAGAAGUGAAAUGGAAAGAGACAGGGUGAAUGAUGAACAUUUCUCCACCUCAUCAGACAUAGACAUCCAAGAACCUCCCAAACCUGCUCCCAGAAAGAGGGCGGAGCCUCAGGAACCUCCUAGCCCCACCCCCAGAUCACAGGACCAUCGCCCUGACAACGUACCGUCUCAGAGCGCCGUGCAUAAGGAUCAUCCCUGGAUGAAGCUGGUUGAUCCGGGUCCCUGGUAUCGCCUUCCUCCGGCUCCGGCUCCUUCCGCUCAUUCCCGCUGCUGCCCCACGACCUUUAACCCCUUCCUGGAGGAUGAUGAGGAUGAGUCCAAGGAUGAAGAGCAAAACCGUUUCAGUUGCAAAACUUCAGUUGCACACAAACCACAAACCUCAUGUUCAGCUCCCAGCAUGCAUCAGGCUGCCCACGGUUUCCCUCUCAUCAAGAGGAAGGUGAUCACAGACACACACGUGUCAGAGAAGGAGGUGUGUAAGGAGCAGAAGGAGCUGGAGGAGAGUCUGCUGAGGCUGGAGAAGAGAGGAGUGCAGCUGGAGAGAGAGAUGAGGACAAGAACGGAUGAUAACCUUUUGGUCGACUGGUUCAUUCUGAUUCAUAAGAAGAACAUGUUAGUGCGCAGAGAUGCUGAGCUGAUGUACAUGUUGAGACAGCGCCGUCUGGAGCAGCAGCAGGCUGAUGUAGAGUUUGAGCUCAGGUGCCUCUUCAACAAACCAGAACAAGACUGGAGCUCAGAUGACAGACAGCAGGAACAUCAGCUCAUGUCACGCCUACUGUCAAUCAUCCAGCAGAGGAAUGAUAUCAUCAGCUGCCUGGAUCUGGACAGACAGAGGGAAAAGGAGGAGGACAUGAUGCUGUCUGCUGUGAUCCAGAGGACAGAUCUCCUGACACAGACGGACAAACAGCUGGAAAAAUUCAACAAGAAGUUUAAAGGCCUUCAGAUGUUCAAGGCAUCCAGCUGUAAAUCUAAAAACAGCAGCAGAAAGAAAAGCAGCUGAAGGAGAGAAAGAGACUGUAGAUCAGGGGUCUUAAAUUUACAUCCUGGAGGAACACUGUCCUGCAGAGUUUGACUUCAUUUAAUAAGUAGAUGUUUGUUAAAUAAUGCAAAGCAGCAUUUCCCAAUGGGGCAGUACCACUUGAGGCAACAUUUUUGAAAGGGGGACGUUUGUUUAGGGUGAGAUUACGUCAAAGAUUCAUGCUGAAACUUGUAAUACUUGUAAAAAAAAAUAUGGUCUAAAACAUUCUAAAACUGUGUUGACACCAGAUGAGUCUGUCAAAGUGAACAAUCUGGAUUCUUUUGUCUUGUCGCAGCACAAGUUUCUUGAAUAUGUCAGAAAUAGAAUGGAGCUUGCGUUUACUGUCGGUGACUCAACGAAUCCAAUGUAGACAUGUAGACAGGGUGUAAACCUGCCAGUUAUCACCAAUGCGACAAGACAGUAUAUCGUUUCCAUAGCAGUGACUUGUAUCGUUGCUGAAAAAUUAACAUCCUUGAACAUCAGCAAAGAGCAAUGUUCCGGGGGGGGAAAAGCGAGAUCUAGUCAAGCACAACAUCACAUGCCACUUUAAAUAGAUGGUUCAGAGGUGGAUUUAGAUGAGCAUUUUAUAUGUGGAUUUAUAUGAGGUGGAUUUAUAUGGACAUGUAAUACCACCCAAAUAGUCAAGAAAGUCAUUGUACAUUUUAUUGUAUUUUUUUUUUUUUUUUAAGACAUGUAUAGUUCUGUACAUACAAUUGUGGUCAGAAUUAUUGGCACCAUUGGUAAAUAUGAUCAAAGAUGACUAUAAAAAUAAAUCUGCAUUGUUUA